AUUCAUUUGUGACUCUCUUCCGUAGCGGGUAGAGGCGCGCUGUGGCGUUUGCGACACUUGAAAGUUCCUUUCAAAUUCCUUGCUGUCUUCGUUGAGUUUGCGACUUCGUUUCGCACAGAGGAUGGGGAAGCGUGUAGCUGUGGUGUUGGCAGGAUGCGGUGUGUUUGAUGGAAGUGAAAUCCACGAGGCUUCUGCCGUUCUGGUUCAUUUGAGCCGUCAGCAAGCUACUGUGAAGAUAUUUGCUCCCAACACUGAUCAGAUGCACGUUGUAGAUCACCUGAAAGGCUCUCCAACAGAGGAAAAGAGAAAUGUGCUUGUGGAGAGCGCCAGACUUGCCCGGGGUGACAUCCAGGACCUCUCUGAGCUCGACGUAAAGGAUUUGGAUGCCAUCAUCUUCCCUGGUGGCUUUGGAGCAGCCAAGAAUCUGUGUAGCUGGGCUGUCCAGGGUAAAGACUGCUCGGUCAAUGAGCAGGUUAAAACCGUGCUGGAGGCCUUUCACGCUGAGAAGAAGCCCAUCGGCUUGUGCUGCAUCUCACCUGUACUGGCUGCUAAGGUUUUCCCCGGCUGUGAAGUGACUGUUGGCCAUGACAAGGAUGAAAGGUAUCCAGAUGUUCCAGACACUGCGGAAGCUAUUUCUCAGCUUGGCUGCAAGCACAUCUGCAAGCAUGUGAAUGAAGCUCAUGUCGAUGAGAAAAAUAAGAUUGUCACUACCUGUGCUUUCAUGUGCAAAGCACCACUUCAUGAAAUAUUUGAUGGAAUUGGAGAGAUGAUACAGGAGGUGCUGAAACUUGCCUGAAUUCCUGUCUUUCUAAUGUUUGUAUAUAACACUUCCAGCGUCUGAAUAAACAAUUAACUUUUGUCUCUUAGACUGUUACAAACAAAA